CUUAUCAAUCGGCCUAUCCGAGGAGAAUGUCUAUAUAAAUACUCGUGACUGAAGUAUCACUCCUUGCAGAAAACCAUCUGGCCAAACGUGAUCUUGAACAAUGAACUGUCUGACUGUUAUCUGUUUAUUCGUGGGAGCCAGUUUGUCCUCGGCGCAAACUAUCGACCUGAGGCCCUUUGACAUCACUGUCCGGAAUCCUUUCACUGCCAGUGACGUUGAUAAGGACCAUGAAUUGUCCCAUUCUGAACUCGUCCUGUCCUUCAGUGGCUACGACUCUAACUUUGACGGUGUAGUAUCACGUGAGGAAUAUACUACGUAUACCACUCACCAGAACCCCGCCAUGUUUGUUCUCACGCAUGCGCUGUACGACAUCUACGACAGUGACAAGAACGGAGUUCUGACAGAGUAUGAUUACGAGCAGCUGUUCAAGUUGUGGGAUGGAAACGAAAAUGGAAUUGUGAGCGAGUUGGAGUUUGUUCACUGGUGGACAGUUACACUGACGUCACUUGAUCCCCUUCAUCACCCGGACGCCACUUUCGCUCCAUCCCCGGCCACCAAAACUAUCGACCUGAGGCCCUAUGACAUCACUGCCCGGAAUCCCUUCACUGCCAGUGACGUUGAUAAGGACCAUGAAUUGUCCCAUUCUGAACUCGUCCUGUCCUUCAGUGGCUACGACUCUAACUUUGACGGUGUAGUAUCACGUGAGGAAUACACUACGUAUACCACUCACCAGAACCCCGCCAUGUUUGUUCUCACGCAUGCGCUGUACGACAUCUACGACAGUGACAAGAACGGAGUUCUGACAGAGUAUGAUUACGAGCAGCUGUUCAAGUUGUGGGAUGGAAACGAAAAUGGAAUUGUGAGCGAGUUGGAGUUUGUUCACUGGUGGACAGUUACACUGACGUCACUUGAUCCCCUUCAUCACCCGGACGCCACUUUCGCUCCAUCCCCGGCCACCAAGUAGGUCCACCAAGUGACCAGAGCUGGCAACACGCAGUGUUGUUGUGAUGGAAGGACAAUCGUUGUAAUAAAAACAAUUAAACACAUAAAAAAGAA